CCCGGGUUGCCGUGGCAGGAGCGGAGGCGGUCGGCGCGCAAGCCUGCCAUGAGAGAAAGCCAGAAUGCCGCCGGAGCUCGUGGCUGGAACCGCGCCGGCUCCAUGGCCACUAAAUGGUUCACCGGGGCGCCCUUCGGGGUGCAGAGCCACAGGUUUGACAUCUCUGCUGUUUAUCCCAACCGGAAGAAGUUCAGCACCUUCACUGAGGCCCCAUACUCCAUGCGUUAUUCUACCCAAGUGUCCCACAUAGGCCCGGGGACUUACAGCACAAAGGAGACCUGCUUCAGCAAGAAGAAGCUGAUGAAGGAGGUGGACACAGGCUGGGCCAAGGCCCAGGAAGCCACGCGGCUGACCCAGCUACCCCACUUCCAGUACCAGGCCAUCAUGAAAGAGAAGCGGCUGCAGGAGCAAAAGCUGGGGCCCGGCUCCUACAAUCUCAAAGACUUCUUAGAACAGCUGCGGGAGAAACCGUGUAGCACCCGGGGGCUGCUCAGCUCUGGGGAGGUUCGCUUCCGAGGACUCAUUGGGAACUACUAUCCAGGCCCUGGAAAUUAUGGGGAGAAGGGCAACCCAUACACCAAGCUGGAGGAGAAUGCCUGGAACCGGUCCCAUUCCGAGGGCCUCAUGUGCAGGAUGAGCAACAAGCCAGACCCCCGGCCUCAUCAGGGGAGUGGUCUGGGACCUGGCACCUACUCCUUCAAAAGUGGCCUUGAGACAUACGUGGCACGAUCCGUCGGCACCCGCGGCCCCUAUGACACUUUCUCUGGUGAUCGGAGCAAGCCAUUGCCUUAUGGGCACUACUCCAUGCAGAAAAAAAAGCCCAGGGAACUGAUGAAUUUCACGAGCUUCAUAGAAGAACUUAACUCACGUCACAAUAAGAAGCAUGGGGUUUUUUCUAAACUUCCCCGCAACCCGAAAAUCCCUACAGAGAGGAUUUACUGGGCCAGCCUCAGCCAGUGCCCCCGCACACUGGCCACAUCUGGCCCCAGUUUCUGGCUUCCACAAGAGAAGAAAUGCAAACCCAUCAACCAGCCCCCGUUCCUGUUGACCUCCAAGGGGUCAGGCGCAAAGGCCUCUCAGAUGAUUAUGGGAAGCUGGAACCCAGUAGGUGUGGGCCGCUACCUCAACACCUGGCUGAUGGAGACAAAGGACAGGCAGCAGCGAUACCGGUCCCUAUUCCUGGGUGGAUCCAAACGCUACCUCUCAGACCUGGCCCGGGACAUGCUUAUGCAAAUCAGGCUGUUUUGUUGGAAAGGUCUAGAGGUCAUCAAUUUUGGCCUCUCACCAAUGUAGGACCUCCUGUGAAGCAGAACCAACAGGGAAAGGAUCACACCAUUUACUAAGGGGAAGUGCCCUCCAACUGUGGAUUACAAUUCAGAUCCUACUUCUUAAAGCCACAUGUGAAGGACAGCCCGCAGUGACCGGAGAGCCCAAAGGCCUGAAGACAAAUCUGGGGGUGAGAGCAUGGGUGUGGGAGUGGGGUGUCAGAGAAAGGACACAUGGACCUGGGAGAAGGGAGAGAUGUAUGGGGAUCACCUUUGCCGGAGCUGCAUACCUGAAGGUCACAGUGUCUUCCAGGACAGCUGGGGACAGGUAUCUUUUGUUGCAGGAGAUCAAUUAUCCUGAGAACUCAACUCAGUCAGUGACAUGAACAUGGGGGCCAGAGAGCAGAUGGACUGAAGGGAUAGGACGUGGUUGACACUCGUGUGACCCUUUCUAUUCUAAAGCCAGAGUGCUUGACUCCUUGUUUAUUAAAGUUCAGAAAGUGGUGGGA